GCGGCGGCGGAAGCGCCGGUGGUGUUGCUGUUGUUGCUGGCGGAGGACCGCCCGGAUCUGAGCCGGAUCGGUCCGCAAGAAUUCACGACGAGGAAGAAGAAGACAUCACCGAGCGCGAGGACGAGGAGGAGGACGAGGAUCCGUGCAGCUCGCCGGAGCCCGACCUUGAAAACGAUUCCGAACCAAUGGAGAUCCAAGCGUCGGCUGUCACCGCGGCAGCCGCGAACCUCCACGCGCUGCGCCAGCACGUAUUCAAGAUGUCAGAUUACUGGCAGCAGCCGCAGCGCGGUCCGCCUCAACAUUCGCCUGGCAUACAGCACAGCCCCAUCUCGAAUUCGACUCAGCAUCAGCAACAGGUCCAGCAGAUGCACAGUCCGCUCGGCCAGCAGCAGCAGCAGCAGCAGCAGCAGCAACAGCAACAGCAGCAGCAGCAGCAGCAGCAGCAGGCCGCGCAGGUCUCGCAGGUGCAACAGAACGCGAACGCGAGCCUCGGGCAAACCGCGAGCCCGCAACAGCAGAUGCAGCAGCAACAGCAGCAGCAGCACGCGAUGUCGAUGAACCAGACGAAUCAGGGCCAGCAGCAUCAGUCUUCCCCGGCGCCGACGACGCCUUCGCCGCAGGCCGACCAUCAAGGCGCCAUCGCCUCCAGCAUGGCGCAGAGCCUGCACAGUCUCGCGCAAGCACAGCAGUCCAUGUCGCAGGCGUCGAGCCCGUCGCUGGCGGUCCAAGCCGUCCAGGCGGCCCAGGCGCUCAAUCAAAACCUCGGCCAGGCAUUGACCCAGGCGCUCACGCAGAACAUGCAACAAAAUCUCGGACAGACCUUACAGCACAAUCUGGCGCAGAGUUUAACGCCGAGCCUGUCGCCGCAGCAGCAGCAGCAGUUGCUCAAUCAGCCGCAGAAUCUGAGCCAGGCGAGUCAGAGCUUGCAGCAGAACAUCCAGAGCCAGGCGCAAAAUCUAUCGCAGACGCUGCAACAGCAGGCGCAAAAUCUCACGCAGAAUCUUGGCCAGGCGCUUAAUCAGCAGGCGCUGCAACAACAGGCGCAGAACCUUACGCAAAAUCUGCAGCAGCAGGCGCAAAACCUCACGCAGAAUCUGCAGCAGCAGGCGCUCAACAUGGCCGGCACCAUCGCGCAGAACGGCGGUCUCGCCGGUAUGAAUAUGUCGGGCGGUCAGCAGCAGAACUCGCAGAACUCCAUGCUGAGUCCCGGCGCGACCAGCCAGGACUCCCACGACGCCACGCUCACGGAGAAGCUCGUCAACGAGUUGCAGUCUCGUGCCUCUGCGGCGGGGCUUGGAGGUGCAGUAGGUGCCGGCGGUGGUGGAGGAAUGGGCAACAUCAGCGAACGCACCCUCGAGGAAUGCUGGUCCACCCUGCAGCGAAUCUUCAUGCACAAGAGCGCGAUGCAGAUGCACGCAAGGGAGCUGGGCGCGGGUGCACUGGGGGGAAGGCCCGGCGGCGGCGUCGCCGGCGGUCUGGCCGGUCUCGGCGUCGGUGUCGGCGUCGGACCGGGUGGCAUGAUCGGCGGCAACGAGGUUAAGCCGCACCAGUGCCAGCAGUGCCUCAAGUCGUUCUCCAGCAACCAUCAGCUCGUGCAGCACAUCAGGGUCCACACCGGCGAGAAGCCAUACAAGUGCAGCUACUGUGACCGCAGGUUCAAGCAGCUCAGCCACGUACAGCAGCACACACGAUUGCAUACGGGUGAACGACCGUACAAGUGCCAUUUACCGGACUGCGGGCGGGCCUUCAUCCAACUGUCGAAUUUGCAGCAACACCUGAGGAAUCACGACGCUCAGGUGGAGCGGGCGAAGAACCGGCCGUUCCACUGCAACAUCUGCGGCAAGGGCUUCGCCACGGAGUCCAGCCUCCGUACCCACACGUCGAAGGUCAGUCAUUGUUCGAAGUACCCAUGGCAACGAUUAAAGGAGUUGCAACAGCGUGUUGUGUUCCAGCAACACGCCGCCCUGAUCGGCGGCCCGAACGCAACCAGCUGUCCAGUAUGCCACAAGCUCUUCCUCGGCGGCGAGGCGCUGAUGGAGCACAUGAAGCACACCCACAAGGAUCCGAACGCCUCCGGAGUUGCCAUUCCCUCCGCUGACUGCACAACCUCCGUUGCCGGGGUUUACCUAGCGAAGCGACGGACCGCCAACCACCCGUGUCCAGUGUGCGGGAAGCACUACGUCAACGAGGGUAGCCUUAGGAAGCAUCUGGCCUGCCAUCCUGAGACCAGUCAGCUUAGCACGAGCCUCAGGAUGUGGCCGUGCUCGGUGUGCCAAGCCGUCUUCACUCACGAGAGCGGUCUGCUGAGCCACAUGGAGCAUAUGAGGAUGGACCCGAAGCAUCAAUUCGCGGCGCAGUAUGUGCUGAGUCGCGCGGCCGCCGAGAGGCGGGAAAGAGAGAUCCUCGCGAGUUCGAGUUUAGGAGCGGGUUUGGGUGUGUUGGGUGGAAGUCAAUCCGGAGGACCGCAAAAUUUGCAACAACCACCAAUGUGCCCGUCGCCGUCGGCCCAUUCGGACAGCAGUAGCGGCAACGGAAGACUCUCGUCGGCCGGUAGUGAACCUGAUUUUUGCGCAGGCACCGGUCUACUCAACAACAACAACAACAACAACAACAACAAUAUGGCAUCACCGGGACCGAGCGGCAAGCUCAGCGAGAUGCUGCGAGCGGGUAGUCAACCGGGCUCGGCGCAGCAGUACCACGACGAGAUGCAAUCGCAGCAACAACGUAUGGCUGUCAUGGCCGCCGCCGUGUCAGCGGGAUUGCAAAAUUCCGUGUCGCCCAAUUUGUCGCCGGUCGACAUGGCAUCGCUCGCGGCGGCUAUGAGGAUGGGCAACAACGGUGACAUGAGCGGCGGUACUCAAGGUUCGACGGGUCCUCAACAGCAAGGAGUGCAAGCGAGCGGACCGGAGCAGGCUCUGAGAAUGCAUCAGGCGGAAGCUUUGCUUCGUUCUCAAGCCGAAGCUGCUCUUAGACUCGCAGUAUCUCAAGCAGCAGCAGCCGCAGCGAGUUCCGCGGUAGGCGGCGACGUGAGACAUCAUUUGGGACAGCAUAAUGGAGGUAGCACCUCCGGCAUGCCGGGACACCAUACGAAUCAACAAAUGUCUCAACAGGACACCUUAACGCCGGACCUCGGAGAAGCGCUGCGACUGCAGGAGCAGCGAUUAGAGCAGGCCCUCAGGUUGCACGGUGAUCCGCGCGCCUUGAGCUUCACUCUGGCUCAGCAUGUCGUCAAUCAGCAGAGCAAUCAGCAACCAUGAAAAUUCAGUUACUACUGAGACGAGUGGACCCCUUGGGCGCCGGAUCAGACGACCUUGCAGAACGAGCGCAUGAACCAGCAACAGUCGCAAGUGGCGACGGAGCGCUCGACGCCGUUGCACGAUCAACAACAGCACCAACAGCAGCAGCAAGGUCCGUCCUCGAUCGGUCAUCAGCAGCAGCAACAACAGCAGCCUGAAGAUCGCGGCGUCAAGAGGAAAGCCGACGAGAUGAUCGGUAACUCCGAGAACGCGUAAGAGCGAUCGCGUCCGAUUGCGAAUGACGAUUCGUCGUCGUCGUCGGCGUGACUCGCCCGAGCGCCCAAGUGCGGUCGCCAGAAAUUCACUCAUUGUCUCAGCAGUAAGAAAACGUUAAACAAAAGGACUUCGUGAGGAAGAGUGUAGUACUUUCGGUGUCUUCCUACUCGGAUAGAACCGACACGGCCGGAGGCCAACCGGAAGCGAUCGAGGGAGAGCCUCUCUCGGUCGACAGGACUCUCCGGAUGGUACCGCGCCGGACGAAGGGAGAGUGAGAAAUACGUACGUGUGUAGCAAUCCGUUGCACGGCGCGAGGCGGAAGGAUCGCAGUGGCAACGCUCGUCUGCCCGCGAAUUCUCGCGCGGUUUCCCCGCGCGAUUCGUUGUUCCUACAUCGGUCCUGGAUCAAGGAUCUGUCGAACGGGGAGGCUCCGCGGAUGACGCGGAGUCGCCUCGUCGAGGAUUCGACUCAGGACACGUUGCCACUGCCGUGCUGCCGCCUCGACUCCCGAAACGUGCCAUAAAUAACUAACGAGAAGCUGCUAAAGAAACAGUAAGUCAUCCCGGAGCCGUCCUGUUCAACCGGGACGCCCCGGGGUGCACACGCCCCCAAGGUACUAUGAUCUUUUAGUACAAGAGCCGAUGAAACGGCGCGCCGACGGUGCCGAGGGUCCAACGGGCGAUCCUCAACCGUCCCGCUGCCAGGCUCAACAAACCUAAACUAUAUAUAAAUAUUAUACAUACAUAGAUACGUCUAUCUCCACCGCGAACCACGCUUAAGGUUCCACGCCCCCCCCCCCCCUAAAUUAAACAAACAAAAAACUCCCGUAAUGCUUAAUAAAGCGAAUCGCACACCAUCAACACGCGAGUACGCAAGGCUCAUAAAGACGUUGUGCGUCACGCGGUCGGCGGCGAACGGUCCACCCGAGUGUGGUAUCGUGUCGCCGCGUUGUACGGUUGUUAAUUAUAUACGUACUGAAGCCCCCUUCCCCGUGUGUGUGACAGACGGACGCGACGCAAAUCCGCACGGACGUUCACUCACCCGCGAUCAGCGUUUCGCGCGACGACGGCAAAGCGACGUUGACACUUCGCGCGCUCGAGGAACGAACGCGUCGGACGUAAACAGAUACGCGUCGCAACAGAUACGUACGAAUGCACACACACGCGAAUCACACACACACAUAUAUAUACAUACGUAAAUACACAACAAACACACACAUGUACAAUACAACUCAACGUAUAUUACGAAAAAAAACUCAUCAGCAGCACACUUUUAUGGUGAAGAUAUAAUGCGCGCAACUUGUGCUCGGUAGCACGAAAACUAUUAGCUCAUAAGCGAACAAACAAAAUAUAGUUAUUACAAACAGUUAUAUUAUAUAUAUUAUAUAUACAUACAGAGUAUGAAGAGUAUGACAGAAACAAAAAAAAACGGGCGAAACCCAUUCACACUUACACGUUUAAUUGAGGAAAAAUGCGGUAAGCGUGAAAGAGCGAGCAUUUUUCGUGAGCAAAGCACGCGACGAAGGAGAAGAGAGAAAUAAAAAAAAACUAAAUGCUAAAUAUUAUAUAUAUUAUAUAUAUAAAUAUUAUAAAUAAUGAAUAUAGGGUCUAUGAGACUAGGAUAGUUAGGCGAAAGGGAAAUACGAAUGAAUGCGCAGCGCGCGCCCCCGUAGAUUUUACGUGAUCCCAAGCAUUGUCGGCGAGAGAAUGUGACAGCACAGGAAGAGAGCGAAACGGCGGAAAUUGUGCGAAAGCGAGAGAGAGAAAGAUUGAAUACUUGAGUGUUUUUUGCGAAUGGAACGACCUUGGGAUCGGCGUAGACGCGCGGGCGCGCCGUCGAGCGGAUGAGCAGAUCGAGUGUACGUGAAUGCUUCGUGAGCAUCAAGGAGGAGCGAAUGCGAAGACGAGAGUGAGAUUUUAGAAUGGCGUGCUUCAGGUAAUCUGAGGUCCUGUGAUCGUUAUAAGCGAAAUAUUUUUUUAUUUCCGGGUAAUAUAAUCUGAAACGCGUAAAACUCUUGCGUCGUUUUGAACUUUUACUUGCAAUAUAUCGUUACGUUCUCGCAAUACUUAGGAUGAAGAAGAAUAAGAAGAAGACGAAUAGGAAUACAGAAGGUGGAUGAACAAAAAGAACAAAAAAAAGACGUAAAAAAAGAUACGAAGAUGAGGAUGACGAGGGAGAGGAAGAAUAUGAAGAAAAGUCCGUAGGUUUGAUCGUGGAGCGAACUUUUAGAGACUCGAGCCAGCCCCUUCGCCCUCUUAAAACGACAUUCCCCACUUAGCGACGUCCCAUCAAUUUAGAUCUUUCCCAGAUCGAAAUUUCCUUUCGCACCUUCCCAUCUCUCCGAAACUUUGACGAAACUCGGGAUCGUUUGUACUUUCGAUGGGGUUAUCUUUCGGUGAGACGAAAACGCGAUAAAACGGGACCGCACCGGAGAAAUAUGUUUGAUGUUCGGCUGGAAAAUCAUUUCUCGAUAUUAGAGUACGAAAACGUGAAUCAAAAGGAAGCGAAAAAGCGGAAGUAGAGUUUAAAAAAAAAACAAGAAGAGGUCAAAACAUUGUUGUCAAAAAAAGUUGAUUCGGACAUUCAUCUACGACACGAUUCAAUUUCUUCGUUUCUUCGACUGGCAAUCGCGGACCUAAAUAGAGUGCGGAAUUGAAUGGUAGCGUGCCGAAUUUGUUACUCCUGGACAUCAACCUCGAUCGCGUUACUGUUGUUGUUGUCUUUUUUUUAAGAAACUCCCAACGAGAUUUUUUAUCCUCGACUGGCUCGUUUUUGGAAGACAUCUCGACUCUUUCAAUCCUUGCUUUCCAAACACCUCCCCUCCCCCUUUCACCCAUUAUCUUGUUUCCGAAAUCGAAACUUCCCAAAUUGCGUCGAAUAAAAUUUCGCCUACGAAUGUAAUUGGACAAGUCUUUUCUCUCGCUACGUUCGAAAAAAAUCAUACAUCUUUUCAGAACAUAAACUAUGAAAAAUUUUUCGAAAAGGAUUCUAUGUAUAUUCCCUUUCUGAAAAAGAAAUUCUACACUCCAUGUUUCAUGCCUCUUUGUUGGCAAAUUACGAAAGUAGCCUAACGUCGUCAUCUUCGUUGAACGUAAAAGACACGCGCCGAGAAGCCGCCGGAUAGCCAGGCUUUUUGACCAUCUGGGACGAGAGAAGUAAAGAUCGCUAAAGGAUUCAUCGUCAAAGCUACAUUUAACGAUUGUACUCGCCUCGCGAUCGGAACUCGACGGACACGUCCAGUACAUUUUCUUGUGAGAAAUUUUCCAAAAUUCGCGACUCCCUAAAACGUUCUCAUCGCCAUUGGGAUUGAUCGUUCGUAAAGCCAAUUCGGAGAAUCGGAAUAUUUAUAAUAUUUAGACAUCGCUUUUAUUUUUGCGAAAGGAAAAGGGAUAAGCGGGCCUCCUCGAGUUCCGGCGAUCGCAAAUGCGGGUCGAUUCAUCGAUCGUUAUUAUUAAAGUUUUUGCGUUACAGGGCGUUUUUUCCUCGGAUUAAGUAGUAUGUAAAUACACCUUGAUAUCACAAGCAUAAACUGAGAAUUUACUGGUAAACUUAAACGAACGUACAUAAUGCGAAAUAGGGUUAGUUUCUAUGUAAAUACCUAAAGCUGGACGAGUGCAUACACCUCGUUCACGCAACCAACAAUAAUCGUUUCUUAUCGAACCAGAGCUUCUGUUCGUUGUCGGUGCGUGUCCCUGAUCUGAUCGGCGAUCGCUUCCGCCGCCCCGACCUCGUCCCCCGUCCUGUAGGACGGGAUUUUACAUCCCGAGAGGGGAACGGGAGCGUUCGUCGUCUCUCGGACAUCACCGAUCGGGAAAUUCUUUUUUUUUUCUCGACACCGAUACACACAACUGACACACCGAUACACUUACACACAGACACAGCACACGGCAUUGCGAUGGAUUGUACAGCUACGAUAGGAACACGCGUAAUACCUAAAACGCAAUCUUCGCACACUCCGGCGCCUACGCAACACCGUAGGGACCGACAUUUUUCGGACAUCUUUUAUUAGCAUACGAUCGCGCUUUGUUUUUUCGGGAAAUAUAAAAGUCGCGAACGAUGAGGUAUAGGUAUAUCACGGUUAAUAUGGCGAAAGUUCGAAACGCUUUUGUGCGAAAGGUGCGAACGUGCUGCAAAAGUCAGGAAUAAAAGAGUUUUGAGAAAAUCUGGGAGAGAAUGAGAGUGCGAAAUUACUGAAUUUCGGCAUAAUUUCGAAUUAGGAGAUCAGUCAAUAUCUGUGAGUCUGAGGAUAAAUGAUGGAGCGUGUGAAAAAAAAAGAGGUUUAGUUAGGUGAAGCACGUAUCGCUCAAGAACGCGAAGCAAUGAAAUUCUCGUUGGAAUUCACGAGUCUACAACGAUUUUCGCAAAAAGACGUAAUUUGAUUUCGCGGUCCCUAAUCGAGCGUCGAGAGGUAUCGAAAACAGUGCAUGAAACGGUAGUAAAAGCGCGAAAGAGCGAAAAGAGAUACAGAAGGAUGGAAAAAGAGAGAUCAGCGUUACUUACCACCAUCUCACAAUCACCAUCACAAAAGAAAUUUUGAUAAAACAACAACAACAACAAUAUACAAAACACUACCACCACUAAUCACGUCGAGAUCCUUCAUGAUGAUCGCGAUCAUGAAACGAUUGACAGACGACUGUUUUCGACCGGUGCAUCCUGCCGUGCGCCGAGGGUUGCUUUUUCGAUUAAAGUAAAGCGACGUAAAUAAUCGGGCGGGGUGGCUCCCAAAGCCACCCCCCUCCGAUCGCGAUUAAAACACACAUCCCCGCGCGAGAAGGAAGAAUUCCCGAGGCGCCGGCCCGUGCCCCGCGAACGUGUACCAUAAUUUUAAAUUUAAACGAAAGGUAAUGCAAAAAAAAAACACACAAGCGCGUUAAACAAUAGAUCUAGUAGUGUAUGUUCUGUAAUCAACUGAGCAGUAAGCGAGGAUAAAGAUAAAGAAAAAAAAUAAUAAUAAUAAAAAAUGCGGGUUGCACCGCAAAAAAAGCACAAAAAAAUAAUUUACAAAUAUAUUGAUUUACAUAUGCCCGUAACUCGUAAGGGGGCCGGUGGCGCAAACGCGUCCACCCGCGUGAGAUUUUCGGGCCUUACGACGACGAAUGAGAGGAGGAGACGGCGGGACAAACAAACACGGCGUACGCGAGUCGCGACGCAAUACGAGCUCGCAGGUGUAAAGCGCGCGAGAGGCGCAUCAAGAGCAGGAGAAAAUCGUGGGAGACCUGUGAGCUGUUGUUGGGUCGUCCGUCUUCGUCGCGAAAGAGGCCAGCGUGCCGCGCAAAGGCGAAAGAUGUGGAGGAGGAUGAAGAUGCGGCCGAGCAGCGACGAGACAUAACAAAGAGACGAGAGACUCACGCGCGCUUAACGACGGGAGGAUCCGGAGAGGAAAGACCCCGAGGCGUCACGGACGACCCGAAGACAAUUAAGCGCCCGACCGUAGCCUACUCGCGGAAACGCGACUAAGAUAGUCGAGAGAGGCCCAGGAAUGAUAAUGAUAAAAAUAUAUAUAUAUAUACGCAAAGGUAUAUAUAUACAUAAUGAAAAUCCACAGCGCGACGUUGCCUGCAAAAUCGGCCCUACCCAUAAUCUUAAUCUCUUUCAUGUAAAUUUGCUAAAUGUUUAAAUAAUCUAAAAAGUGCCAUAGCCCGGAUGCGCUGGUGCAUACUCCCAGCGCAUACACACUUACAAAUACGACUCGACCUUCACGAAUCAAACGCAAAAUCCGCGGUACCGGCACCGCGCGCACACGUGUGCGCGCGCGCGCUCGCGGCCGCGGUAGAAUUGGUAUUCUCGCCAAGGAACAAACACAAAUGUACAACAGCGACAGAAACCAACGCAGACAGGCACCCCACAAGAAGCGUGGCGCGUCGCUCCCCCCCCCGCCGUCGCGGCGUCGGGGAACGCGCCCCCUUAAACGACACACAGAUCAAAGAGAAGUUGCCCUGGUCACGAGCGUGCAACCCCGUGCGCUCAAACAUUUCUCAAUACACGAGCACUCGUGCUCAUAUAUACUAUUACACGUUACACAGCUACAGAGAUACAGCUAUACACUCUUUUUUACACUUAAAGCACACUUGUCUACACUUAAUUACACACGCUACGGAUAUGUAAAGCCAAUUGUUUUUGUAAAUUGUCCAAAAAAGUUUUCUUAAAAAGCUACGAUUCGGCCCCGUAAUAAUAUAUAUUUUCACGCGCGCCGUGCAGAGGACGCCGACCCGCCUUGGAAAAGCCCCCGGCCUUGAAUAAAGGUCCGCUUUUCAGGCGGAAACGCGUCAUCUCGGGCGCCGUUGAAAAGAGGAAAAACGUUGAUCAAUUUUUCACGGUAAUUUGGUGAAGAAAGAAAUAAAAUUCGUGAAUGAUGUAACAGCACACGCGUUUGUGCUUGUAGUACUACGGAAUAACGCAGAGCAAAAUUUCGCGGCCUUUGGCAUACGUUUGGAUGCAGUACCGAUGAUGAACGGCGCGUGUACGCUCGCGUGAGACAUAGCGCGCGAGUGCGCACGUUCCAAACGCGUCCCGGACUUGACACGAGAGUACCCGGAUGUGACGUGUGGACCGGUCUCUUCGCCGGGCUACUGCCCGACGACAGACUGGUGGCGAGGUGCCAGAGAGUUUCGUCAACGAGAGUCGACGAGAAGAAGAGAGAGAGAGAGAGAGAAAGAGAGAGCGAGAGAAAAUAAUCUCGAAGUGGGAGAGAGAGAGAGAGGAGAGAGAGAGAGCGAGAAAAGUGCGACGGGCAAUGUACAAAGCGGCGAGCGGAGUUCCAAAUGAAACUUCCGAGCCCUUUGAUCGAUGAGAAAAUGGCACCUCGGAAGCCACCGUAGGAGACCCCCGUUCCACGAGACGCAAUCACGAAAGGUGUAAUAAUAACCUCAUGAGGAACACACAACCAAGAGGAAUGUGGCAGCGGCAAUUGCAUAAGGGCCGUUGUUCGAGUGCGGCUUUACAAGCAAAAACCGUUGGUUUGUUUUUGAUCGGGUUUUAAUUUUUUAAUGAAAUAAUCUCACGACGAAUAUAUAUGACGUACGAUCGCGCGUCGCCCAUGCGCCCGGUUCGCAAAGGGAGAGCUUUGCAGAGGUGCGGAUUGCCGCGCGGCGGCAAUAUUUAUCGGGUGGCAACGGCGUACGGCGCACGACGUAUGUGCAUAUUAUUCGUGGCAGUGUGUAUCGUAAGUGCGCAGCAUAUGAUAAAACCGACAGUCUAGCAGUGCGAGCGCCUCGGCGGCAUUCGCGUCUUCACGCGGUGACCCUGACCGAGCCUCCGUGAUUAAAAACCGGAAUAAGUUGUUUCAAUGUCCACUAUAUAAAUGAAAGAGCCAUAGUUGUUAAGGCGGUGGGUUCCGGCGUUCGGCGAGUCGGCUCGGCUUCACAUCAUACAUAUGCACACACAUAUACAUACGCGUCGUCCUGGCCCCAGAGAGAGAACUUCGAGAGAGAUGACGGCGGUGAGUCAACGGGGAAACGCGCGAGAAACGGAGACUUCAACGACCGCGAACAUUCGGCAUACCGGCAAAAUUACGAGGUUCCUGGCAGUACGAAACGAUCGAGGUAGCCGGGACAAUCAGAUUCGCGAAUUUGGCGUCUAAAUACGACGUUCGGAAAUCAAAAUUUAAUCCACUGAUCCGUAUUUUCACUGCGUCUUUUUUACGAGCGUGAUUCUCUCACUCUUAUUCUUAUCUCUUAACAAGGAGAACGGCAUUCAAUGUCAAUACUGAGGACGAGGGUCAGAUGUCGCGUUUGGCAUUAAAUGUGCAGUGAAAAUGCGGAUCUCUUGCCCGGCUACUAAGCGGAUGGGAGAGAGAGAGAGAGAGAGCAGGGAAACAUCGGGAGAUAAACGGAGAGAAUCCAGAGACUCUAAACCUUAUGAUCGAUCGAAGUCGUGAAGAAGUAGCGACUGCCAUGAUCCCAAUCCAUAUACCGACCAAUUGACAAACGGUCGACGACGACGAGCGUACGGACCCAUCGCGCUGUCUCGUCGCGGGCAGAUCAUGCGAGCGUGACGGACCGAUUGUGUGACAUCGAUCGGCUCGAAUCGUGUCGCGGUGGCCUGCCGCGGCGAGGCGAUACUCUUUUCAAAAUAUUCUUCAUACUUCCGUUCAGGAGAAUGUGUUUCUUUCAACCUGAACCCGAGCAACCCCCCGCAUGCGUGUCCGAGGUGAAAGGCCGAGUCCGUUUAUCCGGUGGUUCAAACAAAAAAAAAAAGCAUUAACGGCACAAAAGACAGAUGAAUCUGUAACAUCUAUGAAAAAUUGCGAGUUUAUCGAGAGCGAAUAAUCGUGGAUCGGCAUAAAAAAGAACGGAACACGAGAACGAGAUGCAUUAGUAUAUUGUCCGCUGAGUGGGUGCCUUCGUCAGGGUUUUCCGUUACAGUAAACAGACAGUUCUCAAGUAUAACUCACAAUUAGUAGUGCUAUGGUAGUACAGUAAUCACAGUGUACCGCAGUUAAACAGUUAAAUAAGUAAGUAUACGGGAAGCACGUGGUCUUUUUCAGUGUCUGCAGAAUCUCGUCGUACACCACCUACCGCUAAUCGGGUAGUGGCACGACCGGAAGUAUACCGGAUUCAUUUCGUGCGCAACUUCCUACCCCACCCGUCCACCGUUUGGCUGAGCGUUUCUUCCCCUCCCAAAUUUUCGGACCUCGGGCGACCGAUAGAAAAAGAUUCGAUCGAAUUGUCGAGAGAAAACGCAAAUCCUAUAAGCAAAAUUUAGAAGCAAAAUUACGCCCCAACCUUGCCAAACCGGUCGCUCGCAAUCCCUACCUCCUACGAUUCAAUCGACAUUUAACGGAUAAAUAUGAUAAUAAGUGUACUAAGUGUUUGUAGUUUAGCCAACGUGUACGUUGUAUACUCUGAGAUAGGCGCGAGGAAGUUGAAGAAGGAGAUAGAGCGCGAAGCGAAGGGAUAGCGAGAGAAAGGAGAGAUAGACGAUUGCACGGUGGAGCCAUAUUUAACUAACUGAUAACGAUUAAUUAAUUACAGUAACCAUUCAAGAUGACUUAAUUAACAGUUAACCGUAUCGCAUACACACAUGCAUAAUUAUUAAUUACACGUACUCCAGUAUAUAAGUAAGGGCCGAGCGGUAGCGCCGCGCGUACCGCGCGCACCGCCUCUAUUCAAUAAAUAAAUCGCGGAGGCACUCACUACGGAAACCAACGAGCGGGGACUUUGGGACUCGGACGCGGAUCGGAGGGUACCUGAACACGCGAGCUGGGACACCAGAUCGAAAUUGUCCGUCAAGUAUACAACGUGAGAAAAAAAAAGAAAUAAAAAUCAGGAAAACGAAAAACGCCAAGUUCUCGACGACGCGGAAAGCGGCCCGUCCGCGGGUCUUUUCCGGCGUCGGACGGUCGGCUAUUCUCGGCUUUCAGGAUUGCUUUCAACGCGUCGAGCGGUUGGUCGCUAGCGUCAGCCGACUCGGCGAGACCAUGAGAUCGUUUUCAGACCACGCGUGUUCAGAUGUCCCGCACCCCAUUACUUUAUUCGUCUUUCAAGUGCAACGUUGAGUUAUUUCACUUACAGCGUUGUUUUUCUACACAAUACAAAAUACCCUACCACCUGUCCCUACCGGCAAACCAAUCCACCUCAUCACGCUCCCGCAGGAACAAAGCAUCCCCUUCACCCACCGCCCCACCCACUCAUCCCCUCCAUAUACAGUGUUGUUUCAACGUCCGUUCGCGAUAAACUUGGUUGCGAGUCUAACGGCGACCGCGCUCCGUUCUCCGUUGAAUAAAAUUGAAAGACGUCGGGUGACCCUUUUUACUUUUUUCGCGAAAACGAAAUUUGGAAUGUUUAUACCAUACAUUUAUUUUUAUAUCCCUGAAAAAAAUUUCCCGCGAAACUCGGAAGGAUGUCCUUGCAAAAGUAACCCAGUGGAUGCAUCUGCAAUCUUGACAGCGGUGCACCUCGACAGUGGAACGGAGCGCGCUUGACUUUGACUCCGAAAACGGCGAACGUUAAGUUUCAGAAAUCAGACUUUUACGUAAAGUUAGUUACCGAGUUAUACAGCGCAAGUUAUCGUUAAUUUUCGACGCGCAGCCUCGUUGCGACGAGAGCGAUUUCAAUAAAAAAAAAAAAAACGCAAAGUCCAUCCGCGCUGUCUUCGAGCCGAAGAGCGCGACGAGGAUGCGCGUGUAGGUUUAAUGGUAUCGAUUGAGUUUGGUCGAAGUCCCCUUUUGGGCAAACACACCGACGCACUUCCGGUCCCGCCGGCCAGCAUCGUUCGACGGAAAAAAAACAGAAGAAAAAAGGGGAAAAACAAUCUCGGGCCUCCGAAAAGAUCGCGACAGAGAGGGAGCGAUCCUCCGUUCGAAAUUCAAUUCUAGUCAAAAGAGGGUACAAAGCCGAGACGGGUGUCAACUCGGACAGGCGAAAAUCGGUACUUAUUUAAUGCGAGAAGAAAGAAAGAGGGAGAUACAAGGAGGG